ACUUUCCUUGCCUUAUGACCCUAAAAAGAAAAGAACUUUCCUUGCCUGUUAAAUUCCAAAUACAAGAUAUGUAUGUUCUGACUCUCUAUCUCUAAAUUAUUGACAUAUCUGAGCUUCUCUUUUCCUUGCUAACAUUAAGAUGAACACUUCUUCCCAAUUUCUCUUCCUUUCACUAAUUGUCAUUUGGUUCAUAUCUCUAUUGGCUUUUGGAGCUACUACUAUUCACCCCGACGAAAAGAAAGCUCUUGAAGCUAUAGCUGAAUCACUUGGUAAGAAGGAUUGGAACUUCGACAUAGAUCCAUGCAGCAACAAACCUAACUGGGCUACACCUAAGCCUACGCCUCUCACUCCCAGAUUGAGUAUUGUAGAGAACAAUGUCACCUGCAACUGCAGUGUUGCUGGUGACAACUUCUGUCAUGUUGUUUCAAUAACUUUGAAAGGGCAAAAUCUCCCCGGCACUCUCCCACCAGAACUGAGCAGGUUGCAUUACCUUCAAAUUAUUGACCUUUCUCGCAAUUACUUGAACGGUACAAUUCCUAAAGAAUGGGGAUCCAUGGCAAAUCUUCUUAACAUUACUCUCCCCUCAAAUCGAUUAACAGGUUCAAUACCAGUGGAGAUUGCAAAUAUAUCUACUCUGAUACAGUUGGACUUAACGGCCAAUCAAUUGUCUGAUAAUAUUCCUGGCGAGCUUGGGAAUUUGACCCAGAUUCGAACACUGCGAUUUUCCUCUAACAAUUUUACUGGAGAACUACCUGCAACAUUGGCCAAGCUCACUACAUUGCUAGAUUUCCAAAUUUCUGACAACCACUUCCCUGGAAAGAUACCUGAUUUUAUUCAGAACUGGACAAAUAUCAAUUCGCUAUCCAUUCAAGGGAGUGGAUUAAGUGGGCCAAUUCCUUCUAAAAUUUCACUUUUGAGAAACUUAACUGACGUGAGAAUUAGUGAUUUGAAUGGAUUUGCAUAUGCACCUUUGCCACAAUUUAAUAACAUGCCAUUGUUAAAAAAUCUGAUUCUGAGGAACUGCAAAAUCAAUGGGACACUGCAUGAUUAUCUUGGGACUAUAUCAACAUUAAAACACUUAGACCUCAGCUUUAACAACAUAAGUGGAGCAAUUCCGAGUACCUAUGCUGAGACGAACGGUGUGAAAUUCAUAUUUUUAACUGGAAACCUUCUCACUGGAUCGUUACCUAAUUGGAAAAAGAACAUCGACGUAGAUAUUUCAUACAAUAACUUAAGCAACAGCCAAGGGAAUCAGAUAUGUCAAAGUGAUAAAGUGAACUUGUUUUCUCCGACAUUGGCACACAAUAACAUAGGAACAAAUUCGUGUUUGAGAGAAUGUCCCAAACCCUUGUACUCCCUUUAUAUAAAUUGUGGUGGAAAGCAAGCAACAGUCAACAAAACAACUUAUGACUAUGAUUCCGAAUCAUCUGGAGCAGCUAAAUUCCAUGUCAGUCCAACAGGAACUUGGGCAUUUAGCACCACCGGUAUAUUCAUUGAUGGUGAUCAACUUGGAGAAACUUAUCCCCCGCAAAAUAUCACUACACUUACUAUGGCAGAUUCUGAAUUGUACACGAAUGCACGUGGUUCUCCUAUUUCUUUGACUUAUUAUGGGUUUUGCCUGGCAAAUGGAAGCUACACAGUGAAACUACAUUUUGCUGAAAUAAUGUUCAGAGAUGAUCAAACGUAUGGUAGUCUCGGAAGGCGCGUAUUUGAUAUCUACAUUCAGGGAAAUUUGGUGCAAAAGGAUUUUAAUAUUGCAGAAGAAGCAGGAGGAGUUGGUAAGAAAGUCAUAAAACUGUUCAAAGAUGUUGAUGUUACUAGUAAUACCUUGGAGAUCCGCCUGUAUUGGGCUGGAAAAGGGACGCAAUCUCUCCCAAAUAGAUCAGUAUAUGGUCCUCUUAUAUCAGCAAUAUCUGUGGAGUCUGCAGACUCUCCACCUGGAAGCAUAUCUGCAGGAGCUGUUGUUGGAAUUGUGGUUGCAGCAACAGUUAUUAUUAUCAUUCUAGUAUUUGGUAUACUUUGGUGGAAAGGAUGUUUUGGAAAGAAAAACUCAUUAGCAAGAGAGCUAAAUAGUUUAGACCUACAGACCGGUUUAUUUUCCUUAAGACAAAUCAAAGCAGCGACAAAUUACUUUGAUAUUUCCAAUAAGAUUGGAGAAGGAGGAUUUGGUCCUGUGUACAAGGGAUGUUUACCCAAUGGGACAUUGAUAGCAGUCAAGCAACUUUCUUCUAAAUCAAAGCAAGGGAAUCGUGAGUUUUUAAAUGAGAUAGGCAUGAUUUCUGCUUUGCAACACCCUUAUCUUGUUAAACUCUACGGUUGCUGUAUGGAGGGAGAUCAGUUGUUGCUGAUAUAUGAAUACUUGGAAAACAAUAGUCUAGCUCGUGCUUUAUUCGGUCCAGAGGAACACCAAAUUAAAUUAGAUUGGUCUACGAGGCAGAAAAUUUGUGUUGGCAUUGCUAAAGGUUUGGCAUACCUCCAUGAAGAAUCAAGACUGAAGGUUGUUCACAGGGACAUCAAGGCCACUAAUGUAUUGCUUGCUACGGAUCUCAACCCAAAGAUAUCUGAUUUUGGUUUGGCCAAGCUGGAUGAGGAGGAUAAUACUCACAUUAGUACCAAAAUUGCUGGGACCUAUGGAUAUAUGGCUCCUGAAUAUGCAAUGCAUGGUUAUUUGACGGACAAAGCAGAUGUUUAUAGUUUUGGAAUUGUUGCCUUGGAGAUCGUUAGUGGAAGGAGCAACACCAUGCAUCGGGCAAAGGAGGAAGCAUUCUAUAUUCUUGAUUGGGCACAUUUGUUGAAAGAGAGAGGUGACCUAAUGGAGCUAGUUGAUAGAAGAUUAGGUUCAGAUUUCAACAAAAAAGAAGCUAUGGUGAUGAUCAAUGUGGGUCUCCUAUGCACCAAUGUAACUUCAACCCUUAGGCCUUCCAUGUCGUCAGUUGUAAGUAUGCUUGAAGGAAGGACUGUGGUUCCAGAACUUGUUUCAGGUUCAAGUGAAGUAAUGGAUGAAAAGAAGUUGGAAGUAAUGAGGCAGCAUUACCAUCAGAUUGACGAAACUACGAUAACUAAGUCACAAACACAAAGUCAAAGUUUAUCAAUUGACGGGCCAUGGACUGCUUCAUCUUCAUCAACUGACCUUCAUCCUAUCCGCAAUGAUUCUUCCUAUCGGGAAGAAAGAAAUUAAUAGUCUUUAUCGAUAAAUAAUUGCAUUUAGUGUCAUGUGCCAAGUAUUAUGAAGUCAAAAUACAAAUACUGAUAAACAAUUCCAUCACAUGUGAAAGUUCAAACUCCUAAUACAUAUACUUAGCAAGGCUCACAGGAUUAGAACUAAGAAAACUAUUUAUUAGCUUCUUCAAAAAAAAGAAAACUAUUUAUUAUUGAAAAGCACAUGCAGCAGUUCUCGGGGCUGUCUGUUCGAUUGUUAUCUAAACAGCACUUCGUUAUAUUGGUGCCUAAGAUGUACAGAAAGACAGCGGUUCUGAUGCAAAUAUAGGAUAGAAGUUUUGUAUUGUUGCUAUAAGAGAUUAUGGUUCUUACCUUAAUGUCACAAAGAGAAUACUUUUACAUGUAA